AAGAGAAAUGGUCGAAAUAGGCGGGGUUUAAGAAUUUGUGGCUGUGCUAACUAUAGUGGCGACCAGUGGAUGAGAGUUACGGUAGCGCCUGAUUUGGCACAGACAGGACGGCGGAGUAGGCUGUAAUGUGUUUGUACCCCAUUUACAGAACUGGGAGGUUGAGUGCUCCUGUCAACGAGUGAAAGCUGCGCUUGCAUCUGGCGCUGUGAAAAUGGCGGAUGACUGUGCUAGGCUUAGUACAAUAAUCGGUCAAUGUUCGCAUGGCAGACUUUGCCCGGUGAGGGAGUAUUGUGUGUACGGAAAUCCAGUAACGUGGCGCGAGCAGCUGUCAAGCAAAGCUAGUAGCGGAACGGGGGCUCCUCGGGCUGUCAAGCGAGUCGACCGCUGGAGCGCGCAAGGGCUAUAGCCAGCCCAGACCCCCAUUGAUACUACUGCUGCUGCCAUGGAGAGGAAAGAGCAUCCAGUUGGAGAAGUCCUCAUCAUUCCAAUGAGAUCUUCAACAUCACUUUCGCCCCAGGAUUCAGCUCAACCCCUUCAGCCCUCCUCCCCUCCUCCACCCCUCUCUCUGUCCAGUCCCCAGCUCCAGGCUGAGUUUCUGAGAAGAGCUCCCAGUGCUGCUUCCCCUGACAACGACUCGGCAAGACACCAAAACCUUCUCCACCAACCCUCUCCCUCUGUCUCCCCCUUCUCCUCCCCUCCUACCCCUCUUUCCUCCCCUCCUCCACCCCUCUCUCUGUCCAGUCCCCAGCUCCAGGCUGAGUUUCUGAGAAGAGCUCCCAGAGCUGCUUCCCCCGACAACGAUUUGGCUCGACACAAAAACCUUCCCCACCAACCCUCUCCCUCUGUCUCCCCCUCUGUGUCCCUCUUCUCCUCCCCUCCUACCCCUCUUUCCUCCCCUCCUCCACCCCUCUCUCUGUCCAGUCCCCAGCUCCAGGCUGAGUUUCUGAGAAGAGCUCCCAGUGCUGCUUCCCCUGACAACGACUCGGCAAGACACCAAAACCUUCUCCACCAACCCUCUCCCUCUGUCUCCCCCUUCUCCUCCCCUCCUACCCCUCUUUCCUCCCCUCCUCCACCCCUCUCUCUGUCCAGUCCCCAGCUCCAGGCUGAGUUUCUGAGAAGAGCUCCCAGAGCUGCUUCCCCCGACAACGAUUUGGCUCGACACAAAAACCUUCCCCACCAACCCUCUCCCUCUGUCUCCCCCUCUGUCUCCCUCUUCUCCUCCCCUCCUACCCCUCUUUCCUCCCCUCCUCCACCCCUCUCUCUGUCCAGUCCCCAGCUCCAGGCUGAGUUUCUGAGAAGAGCUCCCAGAGCUGCUUCCCCCGACAACGAUUUGGCUCGACACAAAAACCUUCCCCACCAACCCUCUCCCUCUGUCUCCCCCUCUGUGUCCCUCUUCUCCUCCCCUCCUACCCCUCUUUCAUCCCCUCCUCCACCUCUUUCCUCCUCUCCUACCUCUCUUUCCUCCCCUCCUACCCCUCUUUCAUCCCCUCCUCCACCUCUUUCCUCCCCUCCUACCCCUCUUUCUUCCCCUCCUCCACCUCUUUCCUCCCCUCCUCCACCCCUCUCCCUGUCCAGUCCCCAGCUCCAGGCUGAGUUUCUGAGGAGAGCAAGCCGUGGUCUGAGAACUGUCUCCUGUGACACCAGCGAUGUCCUCACCUCCCCCAGCUCCACCCUGGUCUCCCCCUUUACCUCCAUCACCACCUCCACCCUUACCUCCCCCCCACAGCCCCUGUCCUCCUCCAUGCCCACUAAAGAGGGUUGCACUACUCUCCUGUCUCUCUCCAGUCCUGAGCUGCUAACUGAGCUGUGUCAAUCUCAGUCCCGUCCUAUGAAGCAUGUCUCUGUCUCUAAAGGACUCACCACUGUCUUCUCUGGACGGGGCAGGGGCAUAAAGAAUCCUAGCCCUGCCACUGCCUCAGGAGCAGCCAACCAGACACUCCGCUCAGACUCCAUGGCCAAUAGGAGAGGACAGGCAGGUUCCAGGCUGUCUAAUGGGACAAAGCAUUAGACUAAGCUAAAGUGCCCCUGAUGACCCCAGAUACUGUCUAAUGUAAUUGAAAUGAAUGAAAACCAGCAGUCCUGUGGCCCUCCGGGGCCUGGAGUUGAGAACUGAAUGACACAUUAUCAAACACUAUCUAUACUGCCAUGUGCCAUUGCCAACACACUAACAUCAUAGACACAAUGCCAACCCACCGACAGACUUACACACACACUGUAAUACACCCCCACACACACUGUACCUCUUCAUGUAAGACAUGGAAAGCAAUGUGGUGAGGUGUAGCAGGUCUCUCUGUAAAAAAAUAAAUUAUCAAAUGUAUCACAACA